AUGAUACCCAUACACUUACAAUUCAAGACGAUUCGAUCAAUACGAUUCCUUAAUAAAACCCACUUCCCCUCACACUUCCAAUCUUCUUCUUUUUCUUCUCUACCAUAUAACUUCGUCGCAUUCUCUCGACGAAGUUCCUCAUCAUCCAAAAUUUGGACAUCACGCAAAACAGAUUUAACUUUCAAGAAACAUUCCCAAAAUUACGUUCAACAACAUAUCAGGAAUAUUACCAUGUCGUCCGCAGCUACAAUCUAUGAGUUCGAACCUUUGAAUAAAAAAGGCGAACCAGCGCCCCUCUCAGAUUACAAAGGCAAAGUCCUUUUAAUCGUCAACACAGCUUCCAAAUGUGGUUUCACUCCUCAAUAUGAAGGUCUCGAGAAAUUAUACAAAGAUAUGAAGGAGAAGCACGGCGAUGACUUUGUUAUCUUGGGUUUCCCAUGUAAUCAAUUCGGAGGUCAAGAUCCAGGUUCUGAUGAGGAAAUCCAAAGUUUCUGUCAAAUCAACUAUGGCGUCUCUUUCCCCAUUAUGAAAAAAAUUGACGUCAAUGGCGAUAAUGCUGCUCCUCUCUUCCAAUGGCUCAAAUCAGAAAAACCAGGUCUCCUCGGUCUUCAACGCGUAAAGUGGAAUUUCGAAAAGUGGUUAGUCGGUAGAGAUGGAAAAGUUAAGCAAAGAUGGGCUUCCACAACCAAGCCAGAGGCUUUGGAGAAAGCGGUCACCGAGGCUUUGAAUGACGCCAAGUCUGAGCUUUAG